AUGUCACAGAAGGUGGGAGCAAUCGGUGGUAACUAUGGAGGAGCAUUCGACGAUGGUGUUUUUGACGGUGAGAUGGCAACAAUGACUGAAAAAGUGGGAGCGAUGGGUGGUAACAUGGGAGGAGCAUUCGACGAUGGUGUUUUUGACGGUGUGAAGAAAAUAACUGUCGGAAAAGACCUUGGCUGUGUAUCAUAUAUCAAGAUCGAAUACGAAAAGGACGGGAAAUCUGAAACCCGUGAGCACGGGACGAUUCGUGGGGAGCUAAAAGAGUUUGCGGUGGAAUACCCGAAUGAAUAUAUCACAUCCGUUGGUGGAACCUACGAUCAUGUUAGAUACUAUGAAUCAGUGCUGGUCAAGUCGCUAAUAUUCAAAACCUCCUAUGGAAGAACCUCUUCGACACUCGGAGGCGAUUCAGCUGGGAAACAAUUCAUGCUGGAGGGUAAAACUGGAGGAAGGCUUCUUGGAUUCCAUGGACGCUCUGGUCAAGCUCUUGAUUCCAUUGGAGCUUACUUCUUCGCUCCAAAUCCUCCUCUUAAGCUCUUUAACCGUGAAGGUGGGAAUGGAGGGAGUGCUUGGGACGAUGGUGCUUACGAUGGUGUAAGAAAAAUACUCGUUGGACGAGGUGGUAAGUUUGUGAGUUAUGUUAGGUUUGAGUAUGCAAAAGGCGAAACAAUGGUACCACAUGCUCAUGGGAAGAGACAGGAGGUUCCACAAGAGUUUGUGGUGGAUUAUCCUACUGAACAUAUUACGGUAGUGGAGGGAACCAUCGAUGGCUACCUUACAUCGCUUAGGUUUAAAACAUCAAAGGGAAGAACCUCCCCUGCUUUUGGAAAUGUUGUUGGUAGGAAAUUUGUGUUCGAUGAAAGAGAUUUCAUGCUUGUCGGGUUUUGUGGCCGGUCCGGUGAUGCUAUUGAUGCCCUUGGUGCACAUUUUGGCCCUCUUCCGGCUCCAACUCCAACUCCCGCUACCACAAAGUUUGGACCGCUCGGUGGUAUCAAAGGAAAUACAUUCGACGAUGGUGUAUUCGAUGGUGUGAAGAAAAUAACCGUCGGAGCAGAUGAAUACUCUAUAAGUUAUAUAAAGAUCGAAUACGAAAAGGAUGGAAAAGUCGAAAUCCGUGAACACGGGACGAAUCGUGGGGAGCUAAAAGAGUUUUCGGUGGAUUAUCCAAGUGACUAUAUCAUAGCAGUUGGUGGAAGCUAUAAUCAUAUUUUCACGUAUGAUACAACGCUUAUCACAUCUCUAUACUUCACAACUUCCAGAGGAUUUACCUCCCCAUUAUUCGGUGAGAUUCGUGGAGAAGAAUUCAACCUGAAAGGUGAAAAUGGUGGAAAGCUUCUUGGAUUCCAUGGACGUGGUGGUACUGCUAUUGAUGCCAUUGGAGCUUUCUUUGAGACCCGUAGACCCCAAAAGUUGUCGGUAAAGAUUGGACCACACGGUGGUAUCAAGGGAAACACAUUCGACGAUGGUAUUUUCGAUGGUGUGAAGAAAGUAACUGUGGGUAAAGACGUAUACAGUGUGACUUAUAUCAAGAUCGAAUACGCAAGUGACGGAAAAUUCGAAACUCGUGAACAUGGGACGCCUGGAGGGGAACUAAAAGAGUUUUCGGUGGAUUAUCCGAAUGAAUAUAUCACUGCCGUUGGUGGGAGCUACAAUCAUAUUUUCAACUAUGAUACGACGCUUAUCACAUCGUUAUUCUUCAAAACCUCCAAAGGAUAUACCUCUCCGUUAUUCGGUGAGAUGGCUGGAACAGAAUUCACGCUUGAAGGUAACAAUGGAGGAAAGCUUCUUGGGUUUCAUGGACGUGGUGGUGGUGCUAUUGAUGCUAUUGGGGCUCACUUUGACACAGGUUCGGGUUGAUCCCAAGGGAGGUGGUAAUGGAGGAGCUUUAGGAGGAAGGUUACAAGAUCGUUGGGUGAUUUGUUUCAUCAGAUAAGCAGUCCAUUAUCACCAAUUACAGACUUACUCUUAAGUUUCCUUUUUUUCUCUUUGAUUUCGUAAAAUAAGGUCACUCGAAGUCUGCUUUUACCAUGUUUGUGUGUCUUUUACUCUUAAUGCUUUAUCCUAUCAUGUGAUGUUCUGUGCCUUGAUAAAGAAUAUGUGUUGUCACUUGUAGACUGUUAUAUAAAUGAUGUUUUCCUUUCAAUCUCUUUCUUUUUUUUUGGUUUUAUUUUCCUUUCAAUCUCUUUUUAGAUUUUGGUAAAUGUUUGUGUUUAUUCUAUUA